UCGCUGCUCUAAGGGCAAAAGAGAGAAUGAGCUACUACGGCAGCAGCUACAGGAUUGUCAAUGUGGACCCCAAAUACCCUGGGUACCCCCCGGAGCACGUCAUAACCGAGAAGAGGAGAGCCAGGCGACGUCUGCUGCACAAGGACGGCAGCUGUAACGUGUACUUCAAGCACAUUUUUGGAGAAUGGGGCAGCUACGUGGUUGACAUCUUCACCACGCUGGUGGACACCAAGUGGCGCCACAUGUUCGUGAUCUUUUCUUUGUCCUACAUUCUCUCCUGGCUCAUCUUCGGCUCCAUCUUCUGGCUCAUCGCGUUUCACCACGGGGACCUGCUAAAUGACCCACGCAUCACCCCCUGCGUGGACAACGUGCACUCCUUCACCGCGGCCUUCCUCUUCUCCCUGGAGACCCAGACCACCAUCGGCUACGGCUACCGCUGUGUCACUGAGGAGUGCUCGGUGGCGGUGCUCACGGUCAUCCUGCAGUCCAUCUUAAGCUGCAUCAUCAACACCUUCAUCAUCGGAGCCGCCCUGGCCAAAAUGGCAACUGCUCGCAAGCGCGCCCAGACCAUCCGCUUCAGCUACUUCGCGCUCAUCGGCAUGCGGGACGGGAAGCUCUGCCUCAUGUGGCGCAUUGGGGACUUCAGACCCAACCACGUGGUGGAAGGGACAGUCCGGGCCCAGCUCCUCCGAUACACAGAGGACAGCGAGGGCAGGAUGACCAUGGCAUUUAAAGAUCUCAAAUUAGUCAAUGACCAGAUCAUCCUGGUCACGCCAGUAACGAUUGUUCACGAAAUCGACCACGAGAGUCCCCUGUAUGCCCUGGACCGCAAAGCGGUGGCCAAAGAUAACUUCGAGAUCUUGGUGACAUUUAUCUACACUGGGGAUUCCACGGGGACAUCCCACCAGUCUAGAAGCUCCUAUGUCCCUCGGGAGAUCCUCUGGGGACACAGGUUCCACGACGUCCUGGAAGUGAAGAGGAAGUAUUACAAAGUGAACUGCCUGCAGUUCGAGGGCAGCGUGGAAGUCUACGCCCCCUUCUGCAGCGCCAAGCAGCUGGACUGGAAAGACCAGCAGCUCCACGGCCUGGAAAAGCCGUCCCGGGUCCGAGGAUCCUGCGCCGCAGACGCCAAGGUCAGACGAAGGUCGUUCAGCGCAGUUGCCAUUGUCAGCAGCUGCGAAAAUCCGGAGGAAAACGCCAAGUCUGCCACGGACGAGCAUAAGGAGCCACCUUAUCAGAAAGCUCUUCUCACGCUGAACAGAAUCUCCGUAGAAUCCCAAAUGUAG